AGCUCUGAGAGUCCUAGCGGCGGCGACGGCGGCGGCUGCGGCGCGGGACGCGUCACAUCCCCUUGACCCUCCAAUCACCUCGGGCUCCCAUUUGAUUGGAAGGCGGCAAAGGCUUUAAUCUCCCCCACGGUGCAGCUGCUUUUGAAGUGAGUUUCCUCGCCAGAGCCCGGGCUGGACAGGCAGCGGCUCACAUCGCGGGCAGUCCCGCCGGCCGCUCCGGCCUGGCCACGGCUCCGCGGCGGCCACCCAGGAUUAUUCGCUUCUGGCUCCAGGCGCCGAGAAGGCGCGCUGGGCGCCGGUAGCCGCCGCACCGGCUCCUCCUCCUCCUGCCGCUGCUCCUGCACCCCGGGCGAGCGCGCAGCCCGGAGCCCGCCCCGCGCCUCCCCCCGCUGCUCCCAUGCGCGCGGGUGGGUCAUGAGCACAGCGCCCUCGCUUUCUGCCCUAAGAAGCAGUAAGCACAGCGGCGGCGGCGGCGGCGGCGGCGCGGACCCUGCCUGGACCAGCAGCGCGCUCUCUGGAAAUAGCUCCGGCCCCGGCCCAGGCUCGUCCCCGCCCGGCAGCACCAAGCCUUUUGUGCACGCCGUGCCCCCCUCUGACCCGCUCCGCCAGGCCAACCGCCUGCCCAUCAAGGUGCUGAAGAUGCUGACCGCUCGGACUGGCCACAUUUUGCACCCCGAGUACCUGCAGCCCCUGCCCUCCACGCCCGUCAGCCCCAUCGAGCUCGAUGCCAAGAAGAGCCCGCUGGCGCUGCUGGCGCAAACAUGUUCGCAGAUCGGGAAGCCCGACCCCUCGCCCUCCUCCAAACUCUCCUCGGUCGCCUCCAACGGGGGCGGCGCGGGUGGUGCAGGCGGCGGCGCCGGGGGAGACAAGGACGCCAAGUCGGGCCCCCUGAAGCUGAGCGACAUUGGCGUAGAGGACAAGUCGAGUUUCAAGCCGUACUCCAAACCCGGUUCGGAUAAGAAGGAACCCGGAGGCGGCGCGGGAGGCGGCGGCGGCGGGGGCAGCGGCGGGGGUGUUUCGGCGGAGAAGUCCGGAUUCCGGGUACCGAGCGCCACCUGCCAGCCAUUCACGCCCAGGACAGGCAGCCCGAGCUCCAGCGCCUCGGCCUGCUCUCCAGGAGGCAUGCUGCCCUCGGCCGGGGGCGGCCCGGAGGGCAAGGACGACAAGAAAGACCCCGACGCGGGCGGGGGCGGCGGCGGCAAGGGCGCGGGGGGCGCCCCGGCUGAAGGGGGAUCCGCGGGGCUGGCGCACGGCCGGAUUAGCUGCGGCGGCGGCAUCAACGUGGACGUGAACCAGCACCCAGACGGGGGCCCGGGAGGCAAGGCGCUGAGCUCGGACUGCGGAGGCUCGUCCGGCUCCAGCUCGGGCUCCGGCCCAAGCGCGCCCACCUCCUCCUCGGUGCUGGGCUCGGGGCUGGUGGCCCCCGUGUCUCCCUACAAGCCGGGUCAGACAGUGUUCCCUCUGCCUCCGGCGGGCAUGACCUACCCAGGCAGCCUGGCCGGGGCCUACGCCGGGUACCCGCCCCAGUUCCUGCCCCACGGCGUGGCGCUCGACCCCACCAAGCCCGGCAGCCUGGUGGGCGCGCAGCUGGCUGCGGCCGCGGCCGGCUCUCUCGGCUGCAGCAAGCCUGCAGGCUCCAGCCCCCUGGCCGGGGCGUCGCCGCCCUCCGUGAUGACAGCCAGCUUGUGCCGGGACCCGUACUGCCUAAGCUACCACUGCGCCAGCCACCUGGCCGGGGCGGCGGCCGCCAGCGCUUCGUGCGCGCACGACCCCGCGGCUGCGGCGGCCGCGCUCAAGUCCGGAUACCCGCUGGUGUACCCCACGCACCCGCUGCACGGCGUGCACUCCUCGCUCACGGCCGCUGCCGCGGCGGGCGCCACCCCGCCCUCCCUGGCCGGCCACCCCCUCUACCCCUACGGCUUCAUGCUCCCCAACGACCCGCUCCCCCACAUCUGCAAUUGGGUGUCGGCCAACGGGCCGUGCGACAAGCGCUUCGCCACGUCCGAAGAGCUACUGAGCCACUUGCGGACCCAUACGGCCUUCCCUGGGACAGACAAACUGCUGUCGGGCUACCCCAGCUCGUCGUCUCUGGCCAGCGCCGCCGCAGCUGCCAUGGCUUGCCACAUGCACAUCCCCACAUCGGGCGCACCCGGCAGCCCAGGGACCCUGGCGCUGCGCAGCCCCCACCACGCGCUGGGACUCAGCAGCCGCUACCACCCCUACUCCAAGAGCCCGCUCCCCACGCCUGGCGCCCCGGUGCCGGUGCCCGCCGCCACCGGACCCUAUUACUCCCCCUACGCCCUCUACGGACAGAGACUGACCACCGCCUCGGCGCUGGGGUAUCAGUGAGGGCGGCCCGGGCGGCCAGCGAGGGACAGAAAGGAUCGACGGGGAGGGGAGGAGCCCCGGGAGGGGCGGGAUCACCGCAGAGGCUGCGACUCCCGCGCGCGUGGGGAAGACCCAGGCCACGGAAGGAAAAUGUAUACCGCAUCUCACAACCCAACAGCAGCGAUCGAGACCCGGUGGGAAAUUACCCUCUCCUCCACCACUCACCUCCCCACCCAAACUUUAUAAAAGUUGAAAAAAAUAUCAUUUGACUUUUUAUAGAAAAGAAGGAAAAAAUAAUUGAGAAAGUGUUCACCCGAGGACUUCAUCGGUGAACACUGGUAUUUAUUUAUGUUAGCUCCAAGCGGACGCGUGGUUCAAAAGUGCAUUAUUUAGUUUGAGCUCCGUAGGUAAAGAGGAGGGAGAAAAAAAAUUUUUUUAAACUUGAGGGUAAAAACGUGGAAAACAAACCCUCCUAUCCCUUGUAGAUUAUAAAUAAAAACAAAACCGCCACAGAACUAGAGGUCUUCUCUUUAAUGUUACUUUAAAAUUGCUAUGAUUGUAUCGUACGUUCUUAUUUAAUGUCUGAUUGAAACACAAAUUUACAUAUGCAUGUUUGUUACAAAAAAUGAAAAAGACGAAACAAAACGACUCACAAUUUGUCAGCUCUGAUUUCAAAUUCCAAUUAUUUUUAAGGUGUAUACCAUCGAAAGAGAAUGGGUAUUUUUUUGUAUGUAUUCUGGAAGAAAACACAAAAAAAAAGGAAAAACAAUUCUAUUCCAAAACCUCAUUUGCCUUAUUUUGUUCUUUAAAAGGAACACUUAACUAUUUUUAAUUUUUAAGUCCACCCGCUGAGAAGGGGACAAGGUUUACGUCAUGUACUAAAAUAAUAGACAAUGUAUCGCUUUAAAGAUUAAAAUUCCGUAUAUUUGA